AUGGCUCUGGAACAAGUGCAGCAACAAGUAGAAGACCUAGACCUUGAAUCGCUGGACAACUCAAAGAAGGACAGGGGAACUCACACAGGCAAAAAGGUUUUCUUCUGUGAUCAGUGUGGGAAGAGUUUCAGCCAUUCAGGAAAUAUGAAACGCCAUCUGCGUACUCACACAGGCGAAAAACCAUUCAGCUGUGAUCAGUGUGGGAAGAGUUUCAGCCAUUCAGGAAGUAUGAAAUACCAUCUGCGUACUCACACAGGCGAAAAGCCUUUCUUCUGUGAUCAGUGUGGGAAGAGUUUCCGCCAAUCAGGAAGUAUGAAACGCCAUCAGCGUACUCACACAGGCGAAAAGCCUUUCUUCUGUGAUCAGUGUGGGAAGAGUUUCCGCCAAUCAGGAAGUAUGAAACGCCAUCUGCGUACUCACACAGGCGAAAAGCCUUUCUUCUGUGAUCAGUGUGGGAAGAGUUUCCGCCAAUCAGGAAGUAUGAAACACCAUCUGCGUACUCACACAGGCGAAAAGCCUUUCUUCUGUGAUCAGUGUGGGAAGAGUUUCAGCCAUUCAGGAUAUAUGAAAUUCCAUCUGCGUACUCACACAGGCGAAAAACCAUUCAUCUGUGAUCAGUGUGGGAAGAGUUUCAGCCAUUCAGGAAAUAUGAAACGUCAUCUGCGUACUCACACAGGCGAAAAACCGUUCCUUUGUGAUCAGUGUGGAAAGAGUUUCAGCCAGUUAGGAAGUAUGAACAGUCAUCUGCGUACUCACACAGGCGAAAAACCAUUCAUCUGUGAUCAGUGUGGAAGGAGUUUCCACCAUUCAAGAAGUAUGAAACGCCAUCUGCGUACUCACACAGGUGAAAAAGGUUUUGUCAGCCAUCAUUGUGGGAAACCUAAAUCGGGAAAUUUGGAAGAUCAUCUGUACUCAAAACCAAGUACAUCCCAAGCGCUGCAAGAAGCAUUGAAAGGACUUCCGGGAACCAGGAUAUCUGCAACUUCAUCAGUAAAUUCAGAAAAGUGA